CAGCUUAAAAUUUUCGAUUGAGUCAAUCAAUACCACUAUUCUUGAACUCCAACUUGGUUUGCUUCAAGGUUAUAAGAUGAAACGGUUCGAGUUUUUUGCCAAAACUCUUUUCAUUGUUUCGAUAAUCUUCGUAACAUACUCAGUUGCUGUAAACGAGUUGCAAUUUCAAAACGGAAAAUUCAACGUUACUUGGAAUUAUCUAUCUGGAUCUCAAGAGAUCGAGUUCGAAGUUCGUGCUAAAACUACUGGGUAUGUGUCAGACUGACAAAAACCAACUCUGGAAUGCAAAACUUGGAUCUUUUCGUUGGGGGAGUCGAUUCUGGAGACACAAGUUAUCUAAAGGAUUACUAUGCCAUUGGAACGGGCGAACCACCAGAGGAUUCACAACAGGACUAUACGCUCAUCAGCGCCAGCGAGUCAAAUGGUGUAACAAUGGUUCACUGCAAGAGAAGACUCAACACUCAGGAUGUCAAAGACCUACUUAUCCAGCCUGGAGACCCAGUGUAUAUUGCCUGGGCAUAUCACACAAGUUCUGACGACCUUCAAUAUCAUUCAAAUCAUCGUGGUUAUAGCUCACAGAUGCACGUGCUCGUACCAGUGGUGACUACAGCCUACAAGCAUGAAAUAUACUUGCGUCACGAUCGAGCUCGAGCAAGAACAGGGUCGAUUUCUUUCCUAGAACGCACCGCCAAGAUGAAAUCUUUUAACUUUUUUGCCUUGGUAUUUCGAAUCUUUGUUCUCUUUUUCGCAACUGCGGACGCUCUUAACCACCUAACAUUAGGUAACGGAAUCUUCAACGUUACUUGGAAUUAUUUAUCUGCUUCUCAAGAGAUCGAGUUCGAAGUUCGUGCUAAAACUACUGGGUAUGUAUCACUAGGACUGACAAAAACCAACUCUGGAAUGCAAAACUUGGAUCUUUUCGUUGGGGGAGUCGAUUCUGGAGGCACAAGUUAUCUAAAGGAUAACUAUGCCAUUGGAAAGGGCGAACCACCACAGGAUUCCCAACAGGACUACACGCUCAUCAGCGCCAGCGAGUCAAAUGGUGUAACAAUGGUUCACUGCAAGAGAAGACUCAACACUCAGGAUGUCAAAGACCUACUUAUCCAGCCUGGAGACAAGGUGUAUUUUGCAUGGGCGACCCAUACCAGCAGCGAUACUCUCGCAUAUCAUACUGCCCGAGGCUAUAGUCCACAGGUGCACGAACUGGUACCUUUACCACAAACUACGACGCCUCCCCCUACCACCGCUCCAACCACAGCUCCAAUCACUGCUCCAACCACUGCUCCAACCACUGCUCCAAUCACAGCUCCAGCCACUGCUCCGACCACCGCUCCGACCACCGCUCCAGUCACUGCUCCAACCACUGCUCCAACCACUGCUCCAAUCACAGCUCCAGCCACUGCUCCGACCACCGCUCCGACCACCGCUCCAGCCAAUGCUACGAACACCGCUCCGAACACCUCUCCAACUAUCGCUCCAAGUAACGUCUACAACAAACAGCUGUCGUUCAACAAUGGUGACUACCUUGUAUUCUGGAAAUUUGACUCCAACACAAACGAGUUGUUUUUUAAGCUGGUGGUGAAGGCUACUGGUUGGGUAGGACUUGGAUUUUCACAACAAAACUCUGGCAUGGCUAACUUAGACAUUGUAGUGGCUAAUGUAUCUGCAGGACAAGGAUUUAUAGGGGAUUACUAUGCUAGAGGCACAUUCACUCCUUCACGAGAUUCCUCACAGGACUGGCACCUGAUAAGUGCGAAAGAAGACGGGGUUAACACAACUGUGGAGUUUAAGAGGAAACUCGACACCGAAGAUGCAAAUGAUCAACAAUUUAAGACAGGUGAAUCAUAUUUUUUGGCAUGGGCAUACCAUAGUUCAAGCGACGAUUUCACACAACAUACCCAAAGAGGUUACAGUCAAAACGUUGAUCUGGUCGUCGCUGCUGAUGCUGGUUCCACCACAACUGCUCGCCCAAGUCCAGAAACAACCUCUACACAGAAGCCGAUCCCCACAACAGCAGCAACAGUGACCCAAUGUUCUCUGUUGCUGAUGAUGAUAUCUUUCCUUGCUUCUUUUCUUCUUAAAUAAAAUCCAGUAGAACGCGACAGGAAAUAAAAAUUUACCUUUUUUUUAGUUUGUUAGAAUAGACUUCUUGCAUGUGACGUCAAAGGUGCCCAAUUUGGUGGACAAAACAAAAGAAUUUCAAUCUCUUGAGAAUUGAGAACCUGUUGUUUUAUCAUUCAACAAGCUGCAUUCCUAAGUAAUGCAAGGAGUCUAUUCUAGGCUUGCUUCAAUAUAAAUUCAGUAGUAAAAAUCAAAAGGAUUACAUUCCCGUCCUUUUUAGCUACAUAUAAAAUUUCGAAGUGGAGAUGUAUUAAGCAUAAUCAUAUCCCUGAAUAAAGUCCUUUCCUUCGCAACUAA